UGAUAUGAAUGUUGUUGCAGGGUAGGCUGGGAGUGGUGGCUCAUGGCUGUAAUCCCAAUGCUUUGGGAGACCAACGUGGGCAGAUCACUUGAGCCCAGGAGUUUGAGAUCAGCCUGGGCAAUAUAGUGAGACCUCGUCUCUGUAACAACUGCAGCAACAAAAUCCCAGCAAUUUGGGAGGCUGAGGCAGGAAGACCACCUUGAGCCCAGAAAUUCAAGACCAGCCUGGGCAACGUAGUGAGACCCCAACCCUAUAAAUAAGUAAAAAUAGAGGCAAAUAACUUAAAAGAAUAAACAUUGUGAACAUCAAUUCCCAUCACAGCAAGCCCUGGAUGAAAACAUGGACCUCUUGGAAGGUAUAACUGGCUUUGAAGACUCUGUCCGAAAGUUUAUCUGCCAUGUUGUGGGUAUCACGUACCAGCACAUCGACCGCUGGCUGCUGGCCGAGAUGCUCGGGGAUCUGUCGGACAGCCAGCUAAAGGUGUGGAUGAGCAAAUACGGCUGGAGUGCUGACGAGUCGGGGCAGAUCUUCAUCUGUAGCCAAGAAGAGAGCAUUAAACCCAAAAACAUUGUGGAGAAGAUUGACUUUGACAGUGUGUCCAGCAUCAUGGCCUCCUCCCAGUAACUGCAGGUGUUUAAUAAAGAUGUGUUGACUCAGC